AUGUGCGGCAGGUUUGUGGUCCACGGCCUGAUCCCAGGGGAGACAUACACGUUCCGCGUCCAAGCCGUCAACGUCUUCGGCCUCAGUGAGGAGUCUCAGGAGUCGUCUCCCAUCGCUGUGGAGCCAGCACUCGGCAAGGGAGUGGAAUAUACAACUCCCAGCGCUCCCUUCGGCAUCACCAUGCUGAGCAGCGACGGCUCCUCCAUAACUGUGUCCUGGAAGAAACCCAAACACAGCGGCGGCUCCAAGGUCAACGCCUACUACAUCGACAAGAGAAACGCCGACAGUUUGGUGUGGAAGGAGGUCAACCUGGAGGCCGUCAAAGAGAGAAUCUGCACCGUUGACAAUCUGAGGGAGGGAACCUUCUACGAGUUCAAGGUCCAGGCCGCUAACAUGGCCGGUGUCGGCCUGCCCUCGGAUCCCAGCACCCCGAUGAAAUGUGAAGCUUGGACCAUGGACGAGCCAGGCCCAGCCUACGACCUGAGCUUCUGUGAGGUCAGAGGUCACUCCCUGGUCCUCCUGUGGAAGGCUCCGGUCUACAUCGGAGCGAGCGCCGUCACCGGAUAUUUGGUGGACAUGGCCAAGAAGGGCUCAUCAGAGUUCACCACGCUGACUCAGGAAGCCGUGAACCACCGUUACCUGCAGGUGAGCGGUCUGGAGGAAGGUGAAAGCUACGUGUUCAAAGUUCGUGCUGUUAAUGCUAGUGGUGUCGGAAAAGCCUCCCAGGUGUCUGAGCCGGUCUGUGCCAAAGCUCUUCCAGGCACUCAGGAGAUUGUGGCCGGCGUGGACGAGGAGACCGGAGACAUCUUCCUGUCCCUGGAGGCCUGCGAGAUCAGCGAGACGUCCAAGUUUGUGUGGUCGAAGAACUACAAAGCCAUCGGCGACUGCCCCAGGGUCGCCGUCACAGCCAAGGGCAGAAC